CACAGACGUCGCUGAAAAGACGGUAGAUUCUCUUCUUGCCCAGACUGAAGUUCUGACUGGGGUAGAUGCGAUGAAGCUGCCUGCGUUCCUAUACGCAACCAGGUACUGGAACACACACUUGUCUGCCGCAGUGGACAUCCAUCAAUCACGUUUUGGAAUACAAGCGAAGAUCGACCGCCUCUUUACGGAGUCGAAUGUCUACUUUAACUGGGUGCAUGGGGCUGACAGCGAUGAUAAACAUCAGGAUAGCCAUUGGAGUAAAGCGCUCCUAGAGUGCCAGCCACCAAUUGAGAGGGCAACUAUCUUAGGCUUGGCUGACACAGUCAACACUCUAGUUGCCCAAGGUGCUGACCCCCUACUAACUUGUCAGGGGAAAGAACUCUUCACCCUGGCUGCUUAGAAAGGUUAGCUAGAUGUUUUCCAGUUGCUGCUGAGCAAAAGGCUACCCCUGGACCAAGAGACUGACCUGUCUAUAUUACAACUAAU